GAGGAUUUGGUGGUGCGCAUGCGCACAUAUGUACAUGGAUGCAGUAGCUUUGGACACCCGAAAAUGGGCUGGUGACGAACGGAUCUUUUGCAAGCGACGGUGGGACAUUGCCCUAUGGAGGAGGAGAUAACGACAAAAUGAAGAUCUGGAGCACAGAACAUGUUUUCAGCUACCCAUGGGAGACUGUGAUCAAGGCAGCGAUGAGGAAGUACCCGAACCCCAUGAACCCUAGCGUGGUGGGGGUGGACGUUCUGGACAGGAACCUGGACCCAGAGGGGCGCCUACACAGCCACAGACUCCUGAGUACAGAGUGGGGUCUCCCCGGAAUCGUGAGAGCGAUCAUGGGGACCAGUCACACCCGUACCUAUGUCAAGGAGCACUCCAUUGUGGAUCCUGAGGAGAAGACAAUGGAGCUUUGUUCAACAAAUAUCACUCUGACCAAUCUGGUGUCAGUAGAUGAAAGACUGGUCUACAGACCUCACCCAGACAAUCCUGAUGUGACUGUCCUGACCCAGGAGGCCAUCAUCACGGUGAAGGGUGUCAGUCUCAGCAGCUACCUAGAAGGAAUGAUGGCCCUGAGAAUGUCGGCCAAUGCCAGAAAGGGUUGGGAUGCUAUUGAGUGGAUCAUCCAGAACUCUGAAAGGGAGAAUGUUCCUCUUUGUGACCUUUACUAACACUGUCUGCAGGAAGGACGCCAAGGACCGUGGAGCAUAGACAGACAACAUCAUCAGGGAAUAUAGGAAAUUAAUUGUUACCCCCGACUCACAACAUCUGAUGGACACAGCUGCUCCAAAGUAGUUCACUACAUAGGGAAUAGGUUUGGGACUUUACCUCAUUAUCUGUCUGUACCAACAAGACAAGAAAACUAUGAAAAUCAUGCUUUUUAAUAUUAGUGUACCAUUUGCAACUACUGCAGACAGAACGCCCCCACUCUAACAUUUUAUGCAGACACAACGCCCCCAGUCCUACAUGUAAUGCAGACACAAUGCAUCCAUUAUUACAUUUAGUGCAGACACAACGCCCCCGCACUGUAAUGUAUAUUACAGACAUGCUACAAAGCGUAAUACUCCAUAAGAGAUGCUAAUGGUAUUUACUACGAAUAUGACCUAUUGUCCAUUGUCUGCAUAAAUGCACAGAAACACUUCCUGGGGCAGGUGCCCAGGUAACCGUUUUUUAAAAAGCAAUAAGGCAUCUUGGUGUUUGGUGGGAUAUCUCCAAUGUCCCACGGCUAAGAGAGACACUCCCUUUUGCGUCGUGCCUAAGACCAGCCGAUUUGCCGUGGUAUAUUGGCCACGUACCACACCCCUCUGUGCCUUAUUGAUUAAUUACGUCACAAACACUUGAACAGUGCCUAGUGUUUGUAGCCUGGUCCUAGAGCUGUCUGGGCUGUUUCCAACGCCACUCUUCAACAUGACAAGGAGCAGGCUGGCUCUCAGGCUAUAGCGUUUCCUGUGUCAGCCAAAGUGUUUAUUUGCCAUUUUGCACAAAAUGGAAUUUCAUGUGUAGUCCAGGUUAACGAGGGGUUGGACAUUAAAUGAAUGUACAGCAACGUCAUGAGGACAGGACAGUCUUCAUGACUCUGGCAGUUAAAGAUGCACUCUGACUUUUUGUAUAAUUUCAGCAAGCGGUUGAAAGUGGUGCUCAUUAGCCCGAAACGGGUCUCCGUUUUCUUGUGCCCUAAUGUGAUUCAUCUGACUACUACAUCACCCAUUUCUUAUUGUGUGUUAUGACCGGCAAAAAAAUCUGAAGUACAAAAUCUAAUCAAAUUCUUAACUUAUACAAAUAUAGUGUCCUUAAGAUUACGGAAUGCAUCUUUAACAUUACAACUGUACGUCUUCCACAAGCUAUCAAAUGUAUAUCGAAGUUUAGCAGGAGUAGGCAGCUUGAUUGGUCUGGAUGGACGACAUUAUUUAUAAUAAUUCGUACACUGGAAAGUAUCCAUGACCAAGCCCAGAAACAGACUGUAUUGGGUAGUACCAAUACCUGCACUUUGACCUGGUUUUCAGAAUCGCACAGUGUCUCAGCUUUACUUAACUGAUCUUAAUUCACAGCAUGUUUAUAUACUUCAAUGAUCAUGGUUGAUUUUAACGUUAGAAAGAUGUUUAUUUUUGUUAUAACAUUGUGAAGACGUAUUUCAUUUGUCAACAUGUAACCUUAUAAAAGAAAUGCUUGGAUGUAAUAAUAAAAUGUUAACUUAAACUGAAACGUCCUUUGUAGUGGUUACUGUUUCCCUCUACAUACAGGGAAAUAAUUUGGAAGUGUAGGGCCAAUCUGACCUUUGAAGCCAGUUGCACUCAGAUUUCUUCAUUGCAACCCCCGAAUCAA